AUGUUUGUGCAACUGUCACUCAAUGUGCUCCCGUGUGUCAGUCGAGCUGUGUCGAAUCCUGCGUACAACAGCAGCAGCCUGUGGCCCAAUGUCAGCACUCCUGCAGCAAUACAUGCCAAUCGGCAUGCACUCAACAGCCCAUACAGCAGCAGCGAACAAUACUCGCAACCGCAACCAGUAUACAGCACUCCAGCUUUCGUACCAAGCAGCACAAUGGCUCCAAUCACUUAUCCACCCACAACGCCGCAAAUCUACCAGCCGUACCGUGAGGAGAAUCCAUGUCAACAGUGUCAGACUGCGUGUAUGAACGAAUGUCAAGCAGCCGGUCAGUCUCCGCAGCAGUGCCAGCAAAUCUGCCAACAAAACUGCCAAUCCGCUUGUGGUCAACAACCGCAGCCUUAUCAACCUUACGCCGAAGCUAACCAGUGUGACGAAUGCCAAAAUCAGUGCCACCAACAGUGUCUGCAACAAGGUGCUCAGAACUGCGACCAACAGUGCAGUCAACAGUGCCAGGCCGUCUGCCAGACUACGAGUCGCCCAUCACCUCAUCCCAUUGCGGUAUACGUAUACGAAUUCAAAAAAAUUCCUCGUGCUGAACCAGGAUCUGCAGUUUCCGGAAUCAGGACAACUAUGGGAAAGGAAAGUUGGAAUCAGAUCCGUCCACAACAGCAGUGCGUCCCCGCUUGUCAACCAGCCUGUGCCCCAACAUGUGUCCAAGCUGUGCCAGUUGUGCAAGUACCGCAGGUGCAACAGCCGGAAGUUCCAUGCGCUCCAGCAUGUCAGCCAGCCUGUUCGACAUCAUGUACACAGCACCAUGCUGUAUGGGUUUUUUAG